AUGGGUUUGAUGGGUGAGAACCUAACACAGAUUGUGAUACCUGUGGCUGCUUUAGUGGGGAUUGUGUUUGCUUUGUUUCAGUGGUUUUUGGUGUCAAAGGUGAGGGUAAUUGGGUCUGGUUUGGAUGGAUAUAAGGACAGGUUGAUCGAAGAAGAUGAACCAGAGGAGGGUAUUGACUCUGAAGAGGCUGUUGCCAUGUGUGCUGAGAUUCAAAAUGCCAUUUCUGUUGUUGUUAUUGACGGUGCUGGUGACAAAGAGGCCUUGGAAGAGAGAUGUGAACAGAUUAGGUCAGCAAUUGAUUUGAGCACUUCUGAUUAUGACAAGGAGAAGCUGCAAGAGAGAUUAGCUAAGCUUUCUGGUGGUGUUGCUGUAUUGAAGAUUGGAGGAGCAAGUGAAGCUGAAGUUGGUGAGAAGAAAGACAGAGUAACAGAUGCUCUAACUGCCACAAAGGCAGCACUAGAGGAAGGAAUUGUACCGGGUGGCGGAGUCGCUCUUCUUUACGCAUCAAAAGAGUUGGACAAACUGCCAACAGCCAACUUUGAUCAGAAGAUUGGUGUUCAAAUUAUUCAGAAUGCACUAAAGAUGCCUGUGCAUACAAUAGCUUCGAAUGCUGUAGACCACCUUGCAUAUCAUCUUGUUUCACCACAUGACUGCGAAUGUGAAUAUAUAGAUAUGGUAAAGGCUGGAAUUAUUGACCCAUUGAAAGUAGUUUUAGAUAUGGUAAAGGCUGGAAUUAUUGCAUUCUAG